AUGUCUGUUUUCAAUACUGAUUUCAUCAAUACAGAGCUAUCGAAACCAACAUCGAUCUUUGGUCUGAAACUUUGGGUCGUAAUCGGAAUUUUACUAGGAUCUCUUAUAGUCAUAGCUCUCUUCUUUCUCUCUCUAUGUCUAACCUCUCGCCGGAGAAACCGAAAACCUCGUCACGCCGAUUUCGCAUCAGCCGCCGUAGCGACGCCGCCGAUUUCAAAAGAGAUUCAAGAGAUCGCUCAGUCGCAAGACCAUUACCAUCCGAGUCAGCCUGUUGCGGCGGAGAUCCAAGUCGAUAUCGGGAAGACCGAGCACCGUGUUGUGUUCUCGGAUCGAGUCUCGAGUGGUGAAAGCAGAGGAACAGUGAGUGCUAGUGAAACGGCGUCGUUUUCAGGUAGUGGUUGUGUUGGACCUGAGGUUUCUCAUCUUGGUUGGGGAAGAUGGUAUACUCUUAGAGAGCUUGAAGCUGCUACUAAUGGAUUAUGUGAAGAGAAUGUGAUCGGAGAAGGAGGUUAUGGGAUUGUUUAUCGUGGGAUUUUAACUGAUGGUACUAAAGUCGCUGUCAAGAAUCUGCUUAAUAACAGAGGUCAAGCAGAGAAGGAGUUUAGAGUGGAAGUGGAAGCGAUCGGGCGUGUACGGCAUAAGAAUCUCGUUAGGCUUUUAGGGUAUUGUGUCGAAGGUGCAUACAGGAUGCUAGUGUAUGACUAUGUCGAUAAUGGCAACUUAGAGCAAUGGAUUCAUGGUGAUGUCGGCGAUAAAAGUCCUUUAACUUGGGAUAUCCGUAUGAACAUAAUACUUGGCAUGGCAAAAGGAUUGGCAUAUCUACACGAAGGACUUGAACCGAAAGUUGUUCACCGGGACAUAAAAUCCAGUAAUAUCUUGCUUGAUCGUCAAUGGAAUGCUAAGGUAUCAGAUUUUGGACUUGCUAAGCUGUUGUUCUCCGAGAGUAGUUACGUGACAACCCGUGUAAUGGGAACUUUUGGUUAUGUCGCACCCGAAUAUGCUUGCACAGGAAUGUUGAACGAAAAGAGUGAUAUCUAUAGUUUCGGGAUAUUAAUAAUGGAGAUAAUCACUGGAAGAAACCCGGUCGAUUAUAGUCGACCUCAAGGAGAGGUGAACUUGGUUGAGUGGCUGAAAUCUAUGGUUGGAAACCGGAGGUCAGAGGAAGUAAUCGAUCCUAAAAUACCCGAACCGCCUUCUUCAAAGGCUCUUAAACGUGUGUUGCUUGUCGCGUUGCGUUGUGUUGAUCCAGAGGCGAAUAAAAGACCUAAAAUGGGUCAUAUUAUACACAUGCUUGAAGCUGAAGACUUGUUCUAUCGUGAUGAACGACGAGCCUCGAGGGAGCACGCAAGCCGCGAUCAUAAUCAGCGACAGACUGCGGUUCCUGCGGCUGUGGCUGAGACAACCGAAAGUGACAGUUCACAAGAUCAGAGAUAA